AUGAGCAAACAUCCUCUGCCACCCAGUCACCGCACCGCUCUCGACAACGCGGCAGUGUUGCAAGUACAAACGCUCCUCCAACGACCGGAAUUGGAAGCCAUCUGGGACGCCUUUCACCUCCUCGACUGCAUUCAUUUCCAUGCCACCAGCCUCGGUCCCUCUGCCAUCCACUCCAUCCACACCGCCCUCUGGAAGCUGAUCCAGUCCCUAUACGCAGAGAAACGCUACACCGUCGUCCUCUCGUACUGCCAUCUCGCUCUCCAUCCUUCUCUCACUCCUUCGCUCAACACACCCGUCUUCCAACGGCGUCUUCUCGCCGUCCUCAUCGACCUCGGCGACUACACCGACGCCUUUACGCUCUUCGAGUCCCUCCCCGCUUCGACCCGCGACGACCUAUCCACGCGCGUGCUCGUGUUUCGCCUCGCAGCCCGCGCGUGGAACCAGCCCCUCGCUCAAGAAUGCUUGCAGUUCUUUGCGAGGACGAAUAGCGGCAAGGAGGCGGCGCGUGAUGCGCUGUACGCGUGUGUCAGAGAGGCGCAGACCCCGGGUGCGAGGCUGUGCACAGUCCAGGCGCUGACGGCAGCAGCGGCGUCGUGGAAGGGCGAGGUGGUGGUGGCGGCGCAUGUUGCGUCGCUGCUACGCUGCGCGAUAAGGCUGCUGCUGGCCAUGGCUGCGGCGGAGGAAGAAGAAUCCGAGAGCAACGGCGGCUUUGCGAGCAGCGAAGUGGUGGCUCUAUUCCACACAGCGGCAGAGUUUGUAGCGAGCAACGCGCGCGACGACCACGGCGACCUCGUCUUCCCCGCUGCCGAGUUACGCUGGUUCAGCACCAACGCGUAUAACCUCGGCGUCGUCCACUGCACUUUAUGGGAAUCUGGCCGGCUCGUCUCCCUCUUCCAGAGCUGCCUCGUCUUUACCCAAGCGCUCUCCUCUGCCACCUCCGCCUCUGACAACGACGACGCAACCGAAGCCGCAGAUUUGGUGCUCACGGUGCUUCGCUGCCACUUCGUCCUCGCUUCGCUGUACAUGUCCGAGGCCCAGCUCCCCGACAAUGAGCACACGCCGAGCCUAUAUGCCGACAUCGAGCGGCAUGCGAGCGCCUACGCCACGCUCUUUACCGAGACCUGCGGCGCGGCCGCGACGAGUAAAACAUGUCCCGACUUGCGCCAGAAACUCGGCGUGCUGUGCGUGUUUCAUUGCGAGGCGCUGCUAUCCCGCCAGUGCUACGACCAUGUUCCCCGCAUCAUUGAGCAAGCAGGCCGUCUGUGCAGCAACGACGCCAACGUUCUGAAAGCCCUCGGCGGCUGCGUCAUCCAAAGCGAGGCGCCAGUGGCGGUCAAGAGCAGCAUGCUCAAGUCCAUUGUUAACGAAAUCUUUGCCCUCGAAAACUUUACGAGUGACCGGCUCGCGCAGUACCUCCGCUGCAUGGUGCAGGUGCUCCUGCCCAUGACCGACGACGGCGCCGCGCGGGAUAUCCUAGAGCAGGCCGUCCAAGUCGCCCACGAAGCGAAGCAGGUCGGUGUCGCGUUUCCCGCAGAGGAAGCCGCGUGGCUCGCCGCCGCCGCCUUCAACCACGGACUCACCAGGUACGCGGCGCGCCACGACAUGGCCGCGUGCCGCGGGUGGCUGGACAAGGCCGUUGCCAUGGCUCAGCACGCCGACGAGAACGGGCAGUUUGCCGCGUCUAUGCAAGCCCAACGGCAAAGGCUGGUGGAUUCGUCCGUCGCAGGCACUUUGUCAUUAUGA